GAUGGAAGCGAAGUCUAUGGAUCUGAAAUGGCCCAGUUCAGCUCAAGACAGCUUAAGCUGUGAAGGCUGAGGGGGAGGCAGCACAGCAGGAGAGAAAAACAAAAGAGAGAAAGAUAUCUGAGGAGUACCGAGCUCGAAACAUAACUUGUUAUUACUUAUUUGUUUCCCACAUCUGCCCUUGUGCUCUAUGUGUGUGGAUUCUUCGUCACAUAUUCAUCUUCAUCACUCAUAGCUUCUACUCUUAUCUCCGAUCUUCCUUAAUGGGCCUUUUCGCCUUCUCCCAGACCACCAUUAUUAUUAUUCCUUGUUUCCUUUUAGGUUCCUUCUGUUCUCUCAUAUCAAAUCCUAUUCACAGACGCUAUCUUGCAUCCUAAUUGGAUACAGACUUGUGUUUUGUUUGCUAUAAAACCAAGGUCAAUUUGCCGAUUUGUUUGUGUUGGAAUGAAAAGGGUGGCUGUUAAUCCUAAGACCACCUCUCAGGCUCACCCCGCUGUUGACGACCAAGCUAAGCUUCAACUCAGACAUCAAACUCUUCUGCAAGAUCACCUUCAUCUCCAAAAGGAGGUUGUAACUAAGAAGAAGAAACUGCAAGCUGCAAAGCAGAAGAGAGACAUCCUUUUGGCUGAAAUUCGAUUUCUGAGAAGAAGGCAGAGGCAUUUGCUGAAGCUUAAAUCUGCAGAAACCGAACCACAAGUUGUCCAGCAUGAAACUUCCAACACAAAACUCAAAAAGUUUUCAAGGAAAAGGAACAAUGAUGCCAGUGAGGCUGUUCCAAGUAAACACUCCCAAGUGGUGGUGAAGGAAGAAGGAGAACAGCUUGUAUGGGAGCCCCUUAGGGUAGAGAAGAAGUCUAGAACCAGGUUAAUCAAUGACAAACGGAUUGGAAAGAGAAAAAUCGAUGUGCAGGAUGAGGUUGCUUUGAAUGUUUAAAUUCCUUUAUCUUAGAUAAUGGAUCAAAUACAUGAAUUUGUGCGAAUUGGAACAAUCUCAUUGCCAUUGCUAUAAUACAAUCUCCUUCUACUU